AUGACACAAUUAUCGACAACAUUAUCACGUUGUGCAAAAGAUGUACUUGGUUUUAGUGUUAUGUUUAUGAUUGUUUUUUUGGCAUAUGCGCAAUUAGGUUAUUUAUUAUUUGGUACAAUGAUUGAUGAUUAUAAAACAUUUGCAAUUUCGAUCUUUACUCUAUUUCGUAUUAUUUUGGGUGAUUUUGAUUUUAAUGCAAUUUUAACUGCUCAUCGUAUUCUUGGUCCAAUAUUCUUUUUAACAUAUGUAUUUUUCGUAUUCUUUGUAUUAUUGAAUAUGUUUUUGGCUAUUAUUAAUGACACAUAUUCUGAAGUUAAAAGUGAUAUGACAACACAAAAAUCUGAAUUUGAAUUAAGUGAUUAUUUUAAAAAAUCAUAUGAAAGAAUGCUUGAUCGAUUAAAUGUUAAACGAGAUCGUAUUAUUGAUAUACAAAAUGCAUUAAAAAGUGCUGAUGUAAAUAAAGAUGGUGUAAUUGAAUUUGAUGAAUGGCGUCGAAAUUUAAAAGCUCGUGGUUAUACUGAUGUUGAAAUUGAAAAUGUUUUUUCACGUUAUGAUACUGAUGGUGAUCGUGUACUUCGUGAUAAUGAACAACGUCGUUUUAAAGCUGAUUUAGCUGCACAAGAAAAUAAUUUAGA